AUGAGUGCUAAUAUAAAAAAAUGUUGUCCAAACUGUAGUCAACUAUUUUGCUUAAAAUCGUUAUCUUCAAAACAGAGCAAUGACAAUAUACCACUUUUUUUAAAAUGCGGUCAUUCAAUGUGUGAAAAGUGUAUUAAAAACUUAGUGAAGUUUGGCGAACCCAUCGAAUGCAAGGUGUGUCAUAGUGACAUGGAAAUAGCCGCUAAUGAUGUAGCAUUAUUGUUGCAAAACAAAAUUAAACUGCAUCAAUUAUUCCCUGUCAAUGUUUAUAUGCUCGGGGAACUCUCGCUCGAUUUCUUAGAGACUAAUACGGAAGCCAAGAAUAAAAAUGAAGAUUAUUUUCUCAAUUUGGAAGCAAUUAUUCGUGGCACGGAAAUUACUCAAGGUCAAUGCGUGGAGUGCCAGAACCUAACUACAAAAAUGUGCCAACAAUGUGCUACAAUACUGUGUGAUAAUUGCUUCAACAAAAGCCACAAGAACUUUGUUGUUUUCAGAAACCAUAUACUACAGAAUAUUGAGCCAAAAUUAACAUUAAACAAUUGCAAAGUGCAUACAGAAAAGUCAUUGGAUUACUAUUGUAAGGAUUGUUCUAAAUCUAUUUGCAUGGAUUGUUUGGUUGUUGGUGGUGAAAAGUCAUGCAAAAAUCAUAAUUUGGUAUCCAUACAAGAAGUGAAUGAAGAACUAUUGGAAAAAUUAGCCGAAAUUUCACCAAAAGUUGAUGAGACAUUUAGGCGAUUGACAAAAACUGCGGUUGAUAUUGGUCAUUUGCUUCACAAUAUAGAAAACGAGACAGGAUCCACAGACCUUACACAAAUAACAAAUGAAGUCGAACAACAUUUCUCAAAACUUACGUCAAUAAUCCAGAAAAAAAAGCAGGAUGUGAUUGAUAAAAUACUUGUACUAAAAAAUGCAGAAAAAGAAAAACUGCACGAAGCCAAAAAUUCGGUUGCCAAUUCAAUUAAGAAAGCAAAUUCCGUACUGAUUUCUAUAAACAAAUCUUUAAGUGUGGAAAAAAUCAAACAGGCAAAUAUGUCAACACUUCUUGAAGAUGCAAAACAGGUUUUAUCCAGUCCCUGGUACCUAAACCGCAACAAGACGACAUUAAAGUUGGUGGUGAAUGAAGAGAUAUGCAACCUCAUCAAUGACUUUGUUCUUUUAGAAGAGGAGGGCAAUGUCGCCUAUGAACUUGUUGAUACCGCUCAUCUCGAUCCAAGUGUUGAAAUACCACCUCCUCCACCAGCACCAGUAUAUCCCCCUGAACUACCCAAAGAUGUGAGACAUCUAAACAAAACGAAAAAAGCUGAAAAAGAAAGAGAAACUACCAAAACACCAUCAUUUUAUAAGAGUGCACCAAAAUACCAUACCAAGAGUGGUUCUAUUUCAUCAUUGAAUUCUCUGCAUAGUGACUCUUCUCACAAAAGCUCUGCUAGAGAUGAAGGACUCCACAAACCGAUAGUGCAGCCUGUGUCGCCGUUUCCAGAAAGUCACCAUCCUAGGCAACUUUAUGCAGGUGGCCAUGAGUUGGUUUAUAUUUCACAUAUAGUGAGUCCGCACGACUUUUUUGUACAACGAGCUUGUCAUCAAGGCAUGGUGGAAGAAAUGAUGAAAGAGUUCCGAAAUGCUGUAUCAUUACCCAAACCCUCAAUAAGUCACGUAGCUGAAGGGAAACUGUACUUGGUGUUCAACAAGGCAGACAAUUUGUGGCAACGAUGCAGAGUAAUUAGUAUUGACAGAAAGGAUAUCAACAAGCCAUUGUUCCAUGUGUUUUGCAUUGAUUUCGGAAGCACGGAAAUUGUUCCUAUUGAUAAGUUACGUCUGCUUCCUCCUGCAAGAGUGCAGUCGCCUUUACCCUUCGCUAUAAAGUGCUCACUGGUUAACUGUGAACCCGUAGCUGGUUCAUGGACGAGCGACGAUGCAAUCCUCAUACAAAAUAUAACUGACAAUAAGCAGGCGGUGAUACAUAUCCACUCUAUUCGCUCGACGUCCAAUUUCAACGUUAGAGUGGAGUGUGAUGUUACGACGUACGAGGGCGGUGUUAGUCUAGCACACGCUCUAGCGUUUCAUGGACGGGCUCGCAUGCCGAACCCUAAACUGCCGUAUCCAAAGCUAAUAAGUGCUGUAGAGAAUCCCAAAUUGUUUAUAAGCAACAACGAUUUCAAACCCAAAACUGUGGAAGAAGUCUAUAUAACUCACAUAGUGAGCCCGGAUGUCUUCUAUGUGAGAAAGCACCAUCUGCAAAAAGUAUAUGAAAAGCUAUGUGAAGAUUUGGACCAAAAUUAUAGUUUGAGUGUAAAUACUGGAAGUAUUUACCUACCACACAUAGACAUGGUGUGCGUGGUGAAUGUGGAGAAGUACAGCGUGGCGGACGCGCACACGCCGGUGCGGCAGGCGACGUGGGCACGCGCGGUGGUGCGCGAGCUGCCAGGGCGCGGCCGCGUGCGCCUGCUGCUGCCUGACUGCGGCGCCACGCUGCUCGCGCACUGGACUGCACUGCGCCGCAUACUGCCCAAGUUCACCACGCUCCGAGCACUCGCAACUGAAUGUCACUUGGCCGGAGUGACGCCAAUAAACAAAAAGUGGAAUCCCAACUCCGUGGCGCUGCUCCAAAACUACCAAGGUCGACUCUUAGAACUGCAUGUUGAAGAUAACCACAACCGUUCCCUAGGUGUUACACUGUAUGACAAAACAAACGAAGAUGAUGUCGUAUGCAUUAACACAGAAAUGGUGAAAUAUAAAUUCGCAGUUACAUUUGGAUUAUUCAUGUUUAACAAAGAAAAUAUUGUUGAAGAGCAAGUAAUCACUAACAAGUCCCCACCUAAAGAAACACCGCGUCCUAAAACUCCAUCUAAGAGCAUUAAAAUUUUGAAAAACGAAACUUCACCAAAGCCCAAGAAUAAGGAAGAAAAUUUAGAAGCUAAAGAUAAAGGGCCAUUAAGAUUGGAAGCAAAAGUUUUGUAUUAUCAAUCUCCAUCUCUCAUUUACGUAUCGCUUGUUCAUCAGCAGAAGCAGUUAAAUGUUCUGUUUGAGAAUAUACAAAAGUACUAUUCGAAGAAAAAAUUUCAAAAAAAAGAUGAUUGGAAGGUUGGUGAUAGAUGCUGCACCAUAUGUCAACAAUCACAAACAUGGCGCCGUGCAGCCAUUGUCGAACUAGAAGGUGAAAAUGCUAAGGUCUUCUAUUCAGACUUUGCAUGUGUUGAAACUGUACCAGUAUCAAGUUUGAGGGAAUUGAGUCAAGACUUCGCGUCGAUUGGUGACGCCGCUAUUAAAUGCCAUUUGAGCGGCGUAAUACCCGCAGAUGGAGAAGAGUGGCCAUCUCUUACAAAAGAAUAUCUAAAAGAAAUGUUGGAUGCAUACAAAAGAGUUUUUAUUACAAAGAUUGGAAAUUUCAAAGAUAAGAGUAUGCCGAUUGAGAUGUGGGUUUAUCACACAACCCAAGGUGGCGCUUUGGAGCCCAAUACUUCAGAAUGGCGUUGCCUUAAUAAGAAAAUCAUUGAACAAGGUCUGGGCAUACCCGAUAAAUCUCAACAGAUUAAUGAUCCAGAUGGUGAAGCCGAAGCAGGCGAAAAUGUGCUAUCGUUUCUGAACAUGACUGGUUCAGUCCAAGAAUGGCUACAACUGGAGCCAAUGCCUACAAAACCUUUUGUUUUUAAAUCAGACUCCGAAAGCCACUCCAACAGAUCAACACCAUUAGAAUUUGAAUCUACUUCCAAAUCUGACACUGAUAAUAAACAGGAAACCAUAUUUAUAUCAGAUUGGUUGCCACCAGAAACAUUGCAAAACAAAGAAUUCACAGGUGUACCCACGUAUGUGGACAACGAUGGAAUUAUUUAUCUUCAUGAUAUAUCGCAAGAAGACACAUUGGACUUAAUUCGAAAAGCGCUAGAUGUUCGCUUUAAAAAUCCGGAUCCUAAAGCUAAAUACGCCAAGUGGUCAGUUGUUGAAUUUGAAAUGGCCGAGUAUACUGAUGGCUCUAAAGCGGUUGUGAGGAAGUUUGCCCGUGAUGAAGGACGAAAUAACGUGGAAGAACAUUCGUUCGUGGCGGAAUCAGACUCUGGGCCAGAUUACAUUGUUGAAGAAGAACAAGAUCCGGAAAUGUCGGCGUCUCUUGACUCAUUUAAUAUGAAGGAAUUAGAAGGAAAAGAUUGGAACCAAUUAUUGCAAGAAGAAGAAAAGCUACCUCUUGAAGGAAACUAUACUACAUUCCCAAAAAAUUUUGAUAAAGAUUUUAUAUGUAAUAUCACAGUCAUCAAUGACAUGAACAUUCUUGAACUUAAUAUCAUUAAAAGUAACGAAAAUAUGGAAUUGUAUGAGAUGAUGUUCGAAAAACUACAAGAAAAAGCAAAUAGCAUGCCACCUUUGAACGGCAUAUUUGAAAAUAAAGCAUGCGUUGCUCUUUUCGAUGAAGAUGGUCAGUGGUAUAGAGCCACAAUUUUGGAAUACAGUGAAAAUACAAAUCGCGUAAAAGUUAGGUAUAUAGAUUAUGGCAACAUUGAAAUAAUCUUUUUAGCUGACGUCAGGGAAAUUGAUGAAGAAUUCACAAAAUUACCGCCACUGACCGUAUCGGCAACUUUACAUGGUGUGAAAAUUAACCCAAACGUGGAAAUAAAUAUUCUUACAAAAGAAUACGAAAAUACAUUUUUGGAUAAAGGUCCAUUCCGUGUUAAAGUUAUUGAUUACAAAAAUGGAAAGCCGUCUGUUGAACUAAGAAAUGAAGAUGACGAAUUAGUUUAUGAGCACCUUAUUGAGAGUAAGGUUUUUUUGAGUUCAGAUGAGUAA